CGCAAAUUUUCCUUCCUGAGUUAUCACUCAUAACGCCAAAAGCCGACCUGGGCAAACUUGUUUUUUUUCUCUUCCCCUCCUCUUCUGGUCCCUUAACAUCUCGUCAUCACCAGGGACACAAUCUACAUAAUCAACCAGAAAGUGUACAAAUUGGUUAUUGGACAACUACCAGUACUUGACUCUCCACUUGUCCCGACCUUGAGAAGCUUUAGCUGGAGCUUGGAACUUGCUCUUCUUUGUCCUCCAACUUCGUCCCAAACACUAAAUAAACGCCAUUCGCGUCCAGUACUUCACAUCUGCAUUUCCCCCCAGAAUCCGAGAUAACCGAGCACGAAAAUCAGUACUAUCGCAGCACCAAAUUCAUCAAUCAUUAUGAGUCUCGCCAGCACAUCGCUGCCCCAGGGCGGCCAGAGUAUCCCAAGGUUAGCGGGCCCGUUUGAGUCCGAUUCAGGCUCCGGAAACGCAACCCCACGAGCGGUAGCCGGAGACGAGGGAGGAGCGUCGGAGGAGAAGAAGGCCAAGAAGCGCAGCCUUUUUAGCUUUGGAAAGAAGAAGGAAGACGCAUCGUCCGCUUCAAAAUCGCCUGAACCAUCCACCACUAGCCAAGAAAAGGCUACCUCUUGGGUUAAGAGGUCAACCGGUGCCUCGCCUGUUCAGUCCGACGUCUACAUCACACCACAAUCGCCCGGCCGUGGCUUUACCUCAUCGCCACGCCUUUCAUCGCCAGCUGGUAGCCAAAUCUUCGAGCGCGACGUACAAGAAAGCACUUCUAUGGUCCCAAAUUCUCCUGCCAUCCCGUCUCACAUCCAGACCGAGAACUACAUCCCACCCGUGCUUGACGCCUCCUCGCAGGCCAUUACCGACAAGCGCCUUGACCCCGAUACCGUUGAGAUUAUCACUCAUACCUCGCACCAGCCCGCCGCCGUGACGGUGACCGGAGCUGCCCCUACUACUGUCCCUCUCUCCCUUGAGUCAAGCUGGGCAGACGAACUGGCCGCCUUCGCUGCUGCGCGGGGGGCAAUAACUGGAAACGAGACAGCUUCCAAUUACGGUAGCUUUGAUAACACGGAUGUCCGCCGUCUGAGCUUCAUCUCGUUUGCCGAUGUCGUGCAGGCCGAGCAGCUACAGGUUGCAGGCUCGCGCGAUAGCAUGCACUUUGCUGGUUUGACUAGCCUCACCCCCACUGGUAUCAACCGCUCACCGAGCCCCGUUCGCUCUCCAGUCUCCUCUUCUGGUGGUCACAACACAAGCCCCCCAACGAGCAAGUCUGGAUCGGUGAAGGGACUGGAUUUUGGCGCUAUUCCGGGAUCUCCAGGAAGGAAACCCCUUGGAAGCCCAACAAGUCUUUUGCACCCUAGCCCGGUUGUAAAUGGCGAAAUUGCUAUCGAGACAAUGUCACAAGCGCUUCGGAGGACAGGGAGCGGCGAUUUGAGUGGUGGUGUGAGGAGCUUUCCUGUAAGCCCGGUUUAAGCUAGGAGGAACAGUACGGGCGGAAGUCAACGAGCUGGAACGACACAAGACGGUUGCGACGCUUGGUCAACUUGUGCUUCUUCGUUGAGGACGUGCGAAAACAUGGUUUAGGAAGAAUCGAGGUGGAGCAGGAAUUCAUACUUUUCGAUAUUGCGACAUUUGGUCUGGUGCUGCUGGAGGGUGACAGGCAGGAUAUCCAAUCCACCUUGACAAGGAAUGGACGAUUGUUGCUGCUGUUUCUCAACCACGGGGAUGCUGACGUGUGGUUAACGGUUGUUGUUUCUACCUCCGCUUCUUCGCUGGAUCUUUAGGGGGGGAGGGCUGGAUGGCAAGACAAAGGUUGCCGGGUGCUGGUUCGGUGUGGUUUUUCUCUUUCUUUUCUAUAUUCCCCCUACUUGUUAUCCUGUCAUCUUGCUAUCUCUUUUUCACCAUCUUCACUUCUUGUCACCCGUUUGCGACCUAUUUCCCAUUUAACUUUUUUUCUCUUCUCUUCUUUUCUUCUUUUCAAACAUCUUGAUGUUAUACCGAAUACCACCAAGCACACGUCAUGGAAUGACUGCAAUCGACAGAGAGAAAGUUCGAGCUAGGAACCACCACAACAAAAAGAGAAACAGCGACUUGAUUUGUUGAUCUUUCAAUGACUUUUACGAGAUAAGUGAAUUCAGAAUGGGGUGUCAAUAUGAAGAAUGGUCUAAA